AUUACAGCCUCCAGGUUUCAUCACACACUGCAGGAUCCAUCACACACUGCAAGCUCCAUCACACACUGCAGGCUCCAUCACACAUUCCAGGCCCCAUCCCACACUGCAGGAUCCAUCACACUCCGGGUUUCAUCACACACUGCAGGCUCCAUUACAGCCUCCAGGUUCAUCACACACUGCAAGCUCCAUCACAAACUACAGGCUCCAUGCCACUGCAGGCUCCAUCACAAUCCAGGCACCAUCACACACUACUGGCUCCAUCACACUCCAAGCUCCAUCACAAACUACAGGCUCCAUGCCACUGCAGGCUCCAUCACACACUGCAGGCUCCAUCACACACUACUGGCUCCAUCACACUCCAAGCUCCAUCACAAACUACAGGCUCCAUCACACACUCCAGGCUCCAUCACACACUACCGGUUCCAUCACCCUCCAAGCUCUGUCACUAACUACAGGCUCCAUGCCACUGCAGGCUCCAUCACACACUGCAGGCUCAAUCACACACUCCAGGCACCAUCACACACUACUGGCUCCAUCACACACUACCGGUUCCAUCACACUCCAAGCUCCAUCACAAACUACAGGCUCCAUGCCACUGAAGGCUCCAUCACACUCCAGGCACCAUCACACACUACUGGCUCCAUCACACUCCAAGCUCCAUCACAAACUACAGGCUCCGUGCCACUGCAGGCUCCAUCACACACUGCAGGUUCCAUCACACACUGCAGGCCCCAUCAAACACGGUCGCCUUGGUCACACUCCAGGCUCCAUCACACACUGCAGGCUCCAUCACACACUGCAGGCUCCAUCACACACUGCAGGCUCCAUGCCACUGCAAGCUCCAUCACACAGCAGGCCCAAUCAAACAUGGUCGGCUUGGUCACACUCCAGGCUCCAUCACACACUCCAGGCUCCAUCACACACUACAGGCUCCAUCACACACUACAGGCUCCAUGCCACUGCCAGCUCCAUCACACACUCCAGGCUCCAUCACACACUGCAGGCCCCAUCAAACACAGUCGGCUUGGUCACACUCCAGGCUCCAUCACACACUGCAGGCUCCAUCACACACUACAGGCUCCAUCACACACUGCAGGCUCCAUCACACACGGCAGGCCCAAUCAAACACGGUCGGCUUGGUCACACUCCAGGCUCCAUCACACACUGCAGGCUCCAUCACACACUACAGGCUCCAUGCCACUGCCAGCUCCAUCACACACUCCAGGCUCCAUCACACACUGCGGGCCCCAUGCCACUGCAGGCUCCAUCACACACUGCAGGCUCCAUCACACACUACAGGCCCCAUGCCACUGCAGGCUCCAUCACACACUACAGGCUCCAUGCCACUGCCAGCUCCAUCACACACUCCAGGCUCCAUCACACACUGCAGGCCCCAUGCCACUGCAGGCUCCAUCACACACUACAGGCUCCAUGCCACUGUAGGCUCCAUCACACACUACAGGCUCCAUGCCACUGCCAGCUCCAUCACACACUCCAGGCUCCAUCACACACUGUAGGCCCCAUGCCACUGCAGGCUCCAUCACACACUACAGGCUCCAUGCCACAGCCAGCUCCAUCACACACUCCAGGCUCCAUCACACACUGCAGGCCCCAUCAAACACAGUCGGCUUGGUCACACUCCAGGCUCCAUCACACACUGCAGGCUCCAUCACACUACAGGCUCCAUGCCACUGCCAGCUCCUCCACACACUCCAGGCUCCAUCACACACUGCAGGCUCCAUCACACACUGCAGGCUCCAUCACACACUACAGGCUCCAUCACACACUGCAGGCCCCAUCAAACACAGUCGGCUUGGUCACACUCCAGGCUCCAUCACACACUGCAGGCUCCAUCACACACUACAGGCUCCAUGCCACUGCCAGCUCCUCCACACACUCCAGGCUCCUUCACACACUGCUGACAACACCACACAUUUUCAACCUGACCCCCCAGUUUGAUCACACACUGCAGAGCCCAGAUGAAAAUUUCAGCUGUAAAUGAAUCUGUGGAUUUGUGUCUCAUGUCAGCCGACUUGUGAAGGACAACAUGUCUUGAUAAGAUUGUAUACGCAACUCUCAUUCUAAUCAUUAUAGUUGGUAAUCUUGCUUUCUGAUCAUAACAAUAUGCAUCGUAUCAUUUACCUGGAGAUCAUUGCAGCACAACAUGAACAAUCAGACGACUGAGUCAGGAGAAAACUUGAGAAGUACUUGAACAUACAAAAAGUCAUUGUCAUUUUAUUGAAAUCUUUAUCAUAGACAUGGUAGAUGCGACAAGUACCGCAUCUUAUUGCUAGACAAAUCCCUUACUUUAUUUACGAAAUAUGGCUAUAAUGUAUGACUAUUUAUGUCUGUAGUGAGCUGCAGUACACUGUAGACAGGUGACACCUUCAUUAGUCACUCAUAUUUACAAUCAAUUAGACAAGGGUCAUCAACAUGAUUAUCUUAAUUAACUGUCUUGGACACAAGGAACUGGUCCACAUUUCACACAACGAUCUUAGCGCUACGAUGAUCAUAACUCCUAUACUAGAACAUAGGCUUGCGAUAGUCAUGGAUCUAAGAUUGCUUUGUAGAAUGACGCCCUGGACCCUCUUCCACAAAGUCAUCUUAGCGCUAAGACAGCAAUAACUUCCAUACUUUAACAUGGACUUAUGGCAGCCGCAGCACUAAGAUCGAUUUGUGGAACUGUCCUGGUCUGAAUGGAUGCUAAGGCUAAACUUUAAUAUUACUUGCUUUACGGAUUUUAACAGAAAAUGAUGGGGGCGGGGGUAGCAAGUUAAUUCUUAUUUUAGUUUAUUUCCUGCACUAUUGGUCAGCUGCAAUGCAAUGCAAUGCAAACCUGACGAAUCAAGUGGGAACACUGUUGUGCAUCUAUGCAUCCUAUCAAUUUUAGGGAAAAAACAACAAACUUUAUUUGGACUCCCAUGUUUAACAUGUCAAUUUCAGUGGGUCCUUGUUAGAAAAUAUUUUUGGGGUACAAUAUGCAAUCAGCUUAUGGUUGGGAUGGACAAAAAGCAAAUUCUGAAUAUUUAUUUUUUUUGUUUUUCCAAUUCGACAAAAAUCACUCGGCGGAUCCGUAAAGCAAGUGAACAAAAAAAGUGUGUCCUAUCUUACAUCCCUGGCAUGUUUUUUGAAAGGUUGAGCAGAUACCAGGUUAUAUGUGAUAAAGUGUUAAGACAUGAAGAGGUGCCAUAUCUUGUCCGUGAAUACUGCUGGCAAGCGCAUGUGAAUUACAGGCGUUCCAUACAUACAGAUACCACCAAGUAGUUGCGUCUUGACCAAACACAGGUCAUCAGUCCACACCUUUCCAGUUGUACUCAAUAUAAUGAACAUCAGAGAACAACCAGUCUCGAUCAUCUGCCGAAACAGAUUUCACUGCACGCAGAAGGCAGGAAAAUUAAUAUGAAUGGAAUAUUUGAUAUUUUGCCUAUGAAUAAAUAUUCAGAUCAUUGGGAAUUAUAUUUAUGUUUUAGGCAUCUUCCAACUUACCAUUUGAUUAAUAUGUAUUUCAAAAUUAAAUAUUUUUCUCAUAUUGGACUUGUGAUCAGGGCUUGCAUGAAAUACAGAUAGGCCCAAAACAUGGAUAAAUCUGAUUAAGUAACAGUUGUCAUCUUCUAUUGAUUGGCUUGGUAACAUACCUGGGACUAGGACUGAAACGUAAGCUUGUUUACAUACUGAGUAUGUAUUCUGAAAAUAUUAUGCUACAAAUAGACUCCAACACUCCAAGUAAGGACAACUGAUUUCUCACCCUUGUGCAAUAUGCCACUGUACAUAAUUAUGGAGAAAUAAAUCUUUUAAUACUA